GUCGUCCUUCGUGCCCUUUCUUGCUCAUCUUGUUUCCUGUAGUUUACGAACAAAGGAACUUUUGAAAAGUCAGUCGUAUUUAUCUCGGAACCGUCCUUCUCCACGUGCAGACGCGCCAGUCAGGUUUCCCAUCACAUCUCCAUCAACGAAACCAUGAAGGCACUUAUUCUUGUUGGCGGUUUUGGUACGCGUCUGCGCCCCUUGACCUUAACGCUUCCAAAGCCUCUGGUGGAGUUUGCCAACAGGCCAAUGAUUUUGCAUCAGAUUGAGGCACUGGUCAAGGCGGGAGUAACGGACAUUGUCUUGGCGGUUAACUACCGUCCGGAAAUCAUGGCGAACUUUAUGAAAAAGUAUUCAGAAGAAUACAAGGUCAAUAUCACAUUCUCCAUCGAGUCUGAGCCUCUCGGAACGGCAGGGCCUCUUGCUUUAGCACGUGACGUCCUUGCGAAGGACUCUGAGCCAUUCUUUGUUCUAAACUCGGAUGUGAUCUGCGACUUCCCCUUUCACGAAAUGGCGGCUUUUCAUAAAGCUCAUGGAGGGGAAGGCACGAUUCUUGUCACAAAGGUCGACGAUCCGUCAAAGUACGGUGUAGUUGUCAACAAGGGCACAUCAUCCGUCAUUGAGCGAUUCGUUGAAAAGCCCACCGAAUUCGUCUCAAACAAGAUCAAUGCCGGUAUUUACAUCUUCAACCCGAGCAUAUUGAAUAGAAUUGAGCCACGACCUACAUCCAUUGAGAAGGAAAUCUUUCCCGCCAUGGCACGGGACUCGCAACUCCACACCAUGGACCUCCCUAAUUUCUGGAUGGAUGUUGGACAACCAAAGGAUUAUUUGACGGGAACAGGUCUCUACCUCACGUCUCUUUCAAAGAAAGAGCCCGGCCGAUUGGCGUCCGGUCCAGGAAUUACUGGCUUCGUUCUCAUCCACCCCUCAGCCAAAAUUGGACAGGACUGCAAGAUUGGACCAAAUGUUGUCAUUGGUCCGGAUGUCGUUCUCGGCGAUGGUGUUAGAAUGAGCAAGACAGUGAUUCUAGAAGGUGCACAGAUUAGAGAUCAUGCGUGGUUGCAGAAUACGAUCGUGGGGUGGCAUAGUACUGUAGGGCGUUGGGCUAGAUUGGAAGGUGUCUCUGUUUUGGGAGAUGAUGUCCAUGUGGCUGAUGAGGUCUACAUCAACGGUGGAUGCGUCCUCCCCCACAAGAGUGUCAGCAGCAAUAUUGCCGAACCGUCCAUUAUUAUGUAAAGAACCCUUGUCCUUAGAAUAGUCUUACUGAAACCCGCUUAUAACUAAAAAAAAAAAUACCUGCAAUGUCGCGGCACUUUGCUUCCUAUGUGUUGUGUCAUUGCCGCUGACUUUAGGUAGCUCAGAGGAGUUGCUAGCAAGAGAGAACCUUGGAGAACAGAAACAUACCUGAUUCCGCAGCGAUUCGGAUUCCUAGAACCCCAAUUGGUAUUUGCCCCGUAAGACUCCUCUACCCUCGACUUUUUUGUUACAAGCUCGCCUUUCUUGCUGUUUCCACCCAAUCACUUCAAAAGAC